GAUCAGAAUCAAUGGCUUCAUAGUAAGAUUACAUUUCUAAAAAAGCUCGAAUCCUCGACUAUGGAAUCCUCUGCUCUUCUACAUUCUUUCACUAAGUUCUCUUCUCAUAGAAACUCCACUCUCCAUCUCACUCGACUCAACUCCACCACUCUCUUCCUCCCUAGAGAUCUCCUUAUUCAUAACACUAUCUCCAAUACUCGAAGAUCACUUCUUCUUCUUCCCAGAGCCACUUCUACGAGCCAAGAACACCACAAUCACAAUCACCAUCACCACGAAGAGCAUGAUCACCAUCACCAUCACCGACAUUGCUGUUCCGUGGAACUCAAGUUAUCGAACAAACCUCAAAAGCUACUGAUCAAGUUCGCUAAAGCAACUGGAUGGAUUCGUUUAGCCAAUUUCCUCAGAGAACAUUUCCAUCUUUGCUUCUCCUCUGCCGUACUCUUCCUCGUAGCCGCAGCUUCACCUCACUUCAUUCCUAAACCUUACGUUACACCAAUCCAAAACUCCCUCAUGACUGUUGCUUUCCCUCUUGUUGGAAUUUCAGCAUCUCUUGACGCACUUAUGGAUAUAGCUGGUGGAAGAGUGAACAUUCAUGUUUUAAUGGCAUUAGCUGCUUUUGCAUCUGUCUUUAUGGGAAAUGCUUUAGAAGGAGGAUUGCUUCUUACCAUGUUCAAUCUUGCUCAUAUCGCUGAAGAGUUCUUCACGAGUCGGUCCAUGGUGGAUGUUAAAGAGUUGAAAGAGAGUAAUCCAGAUUCUGCAUUGGUGAUUGAUGUGAACGAUGAAAAUGUACCAAACUUCUUCGACUUGUCGUAUAAAAGCGUUGAUGUGCAUAAUGUACAAGUUGGAUCCUAUGUUUUGGUAGGAACUGGUGAGAUUGUGCCUAUGGAUUGCCAAGUUUAUCAAGGCAAUGCAACCAUAACAGUUGAGCAUUUGACUGGGGAAGUGAAGCCAUUGGAAGCAAAAGCUGGAGAUAGAGUGCCUGGUGGUGCAAGAACUUUGAAUGGCAGAAUUAUUGUGAAGGCUACAAAGACAUGGAAUGAGUCGACACUUAAUAAGAUUCUACAGUUGACUGAUGAAGCACACUCUAAUAAACCAAAACUUCAGAGAUGGCUCGAUGAGUUUGGUGAGAGUUACAGCAAGGUGGUGGUUGUUUUAUCAGUUGCUAUUGCCUUCCUUGGUCCGAUUUUGUUCAAAUGGCCAUUUCUUGGCACCACAGUAUGUAGAGGAUCUGUUUACAGAGCGUUGGGAUUUAUGGUGGCGGCAUCACCGUGUGCCUUGGCAGUUGCUCCAUUAGCCUAUGCUACUGCUAUUAGUUCUUGUGCAAGAAAGGGAAUAUUGCUGAAAGGUGGACAGGUCCUAGAUGCUCUAGCUUCUUGUCAUACUAUUGGUUUUGACAAAACCGGGACCUUAACGACCGGAGGGCUUACAUGCAAAGCAAUUGAACCCAUUUAUGGGCAUCAAGCAGGAUAUAAUGCAAGUGUAGAUCCUUGUUGUAUGACAAAUUGUGAAAAAGAAGCAUUAGCUGUUGCAGCUGCUAUGGAGAAAGGUACCACACAUCCUAUUGGAAGAGCCAUGGUAGACCAUAGUGUUGGGAAGGACCUCCCUAGUGUUUCUGUUGAAAGCUUUGAAUAUUUUCCCGGUAGAGGCCUUACUGCUACAGUUAACUGUAUUGAGUCAGUAACCGAAGACAGUAAACUGCGGAAAGCUUUACUUGGUUCGGUGGAAUUCAUCACUUCACUCUUCAAAUCACAAGAUGAGUCUAGAAAGAUCAAGAAUGCUGUAAAUUCUUCUUUGUAUGGAAAUGACUUUGUUCAUGCUGUUCUCUCACUUGAUCAAAAGGUAACAUUGAUUCACCUCGAGGAUCAGCCUCGUCGAGAGGUAUUAGAAGUUAUAACAGAACUUAAAAGCUGGAGUAGAAUGAGGAUAAUGAUGUUAACUGGAGACCACGAGUCAAGUGCUCGGAGAGUUGCAGAUGCAGUAGGUAUUGAUGAAGUCUACUCCAACCUAAAACCAGAAGACAAACUGAAUCAUGUCAAAAGCAUCUCAGCAGAUUCAGGUGAAGGUCUAAUUAUGGUGGGAGAAGGAAUUAACGAUGGCCCUGCUUUAGCAGCAGCAACUGUAGGAAUAGUUCUUGCUCAACGCGCAAGUGCCUCAGCGAUAGCAGUAGCUGAUGUCUUACUACUUCAAGACAACCUCACUGGUAUCCCUUUCUGCAUAGCCAAAUCCCGCCAAACAACAUCACUAGUCAAACAAAACGUCGCUCUCGCAUUAACCUCGAUAUGCUUAGCCGCUCUUCCAUCAGUUCUCGGCUUUCUUCCUUUAUGGUUGACGGUACUGUUACACGAAGGCGGAACGCUUCUAGUUUGCCUUAACUCGAUACGCGGCUUAAUACGAUCCAAGCUCUCCCGAGCCUGCACAUUAAAGUAAACUUUUGGCUUUCAAUGAUUAUUAUGUCAAUGUAUAGUAAACUGUUUAUAAGAUUAUAUAAGAUCAUUAUUACAAGAAUCUCAUAUGAACACUUCUUCAUCAAAAUCAAUCCAUUUAUUAAAGUUUUUUUC